AUGACCCGUGAGUGGUGCCUCCUGCAGUGCCUCAAUGACGCUGGUGACUUGGUGAGGCUGCCGCUGCAGUUGAGCAACUUGGGCAACACGUCGAGCAGCGACUACAAGCUGGAGCCUGGCAACCCUGCGCUCUACACCUCCUCGGUGCUCGCUCCUGUACUGCAGCAGCGUCUGCAGUGCCUAGAACCCGGAGUGCAGGAGUCCAAGGAGCUACACGCGAGCUUGGAGCAUCUAUUGCAGGAGCAGCUGUCACUGUUGUCAGAGGCGCAGGUGCAGCGUAGCAAGAAGGUGCAGCAGCUACAAAUGCUGCGCUCCAUCUGCUAUCAGAAUGGCAUCAUCCCUGACAUCGAGUGGCCCAGUCGCCUGGGACUCAAGAAGAAGGAAGAGUCCGCAGCCAAGAAGCCACACGACAACGCUUCUAAACCUGUCCCAUCCCAAGAAGCGCCACUCGACAUCACCAACGCCGUUGUAGCAGCAGCAGCGCAGGUGGUCGGUACGAAGAAUGGUAGCCAGAAUAUCACAACUCGCCGCAACCCCAACAAGAGAACCAAACUGAAGCCUCAUUCUAAAGCUUCUACAGCCACUCCUGCCAUUGAUGCAACUAAAUCUGCUACUGAAGAAUCAGCUACUAUAGCAGAUCCUUCUUUGCAAGCUGACAACGACGGCGACAAUAAUGCAAUAGAUGGCUUGCAGAAAUCUCUCACCAGACUCGCUGUGAAAAACGGCAUAGGAAAUAAGAACGGCUCUACAAAGUCUUCUCCUCUGCGACCAGCGAGUCGUGGCAGCCGAGGGUCUCCCAGCAAAAGCCGCUCACCGGCUCCUCGCUCCAUCACGCCAAGAACUGGCAAUUCCCCGGCGCCUCGUUGCUCUCCAAGACCAAAGCCACGGCCGGGAUCGGCUUGUAAGGUCUCUACAGGGACGCAGUCUAUGCCUGAGACUGUUACUGAAGAGAAUCCGGCGACAAACUCUCUAGGGCCUGAAACCAACUCUCCUCUAGAACCUGCAGCUAAGGCCAAACGUAGACUCGAUUCUGGUUCCCCGUCUAAAUCAUCUCGCAGCUCUUCAGAGUCUCCAGUCAAACAGGCUUGGAGAUCGUAGAGUUCAUCUAGGCUUUCUAAAAUGUUUUUAUAGCUCUGCUAUCUUGUGCUCAAAGGAACCUUUAGGUCAAUGAAGCGGUUGUUUAAUGAAGUUUGUGUCAGUGCAUUUUGCCUUUAGUCAGUUCGUAGUAGUGUUUUGUUCUUGUUCGUUUGUAUAGCCUGUCUUACGGCUAUGUUGCUAUUGGACUGCUUUUUAAAAGCCACGAAUAUUUUUUGAACAGCGUUUCUACAUUUUUGAUGUUGCCCGUUAUGAAUUCAUUCAGAAAAGUCACGUGAAAAAAUCUGAAAUGGAAAUAUGUGGUUUAUUAUAGCAAUGGAUUUUGCAUCUUGUUUAAUCUCUAUUGGAGUUUUAUGAUUUUAAUUUUACUUAUGAAACAAUACCAGUAUUUUUUGCUCCUUUCAUUUCGCCAGUAUAAUGGGUUCUGAAACCCGAUUUAUUUUUAAAAAGCAUUCUCUCGCAGUUCUGACUUGACGUGAUGUCUCGUUAAUAAUGUCUCGGCAUUUCAGUGUUACUCAUCCUUAGCUCUCUAAUGUUAUGCGUUUGCUCCGUGGUGUUUUGCUAGGAUAGAAAGAGGCUUUUUUAUUUAUCAUUAUUAUUUUUUUGCAGAGAAAUCUUCGAAAGCUGCUACAGCCCACGUAUUGGGGCUGGAAUAGGAAGGAGCCUAGUCAAUUUAGUCCGAUUUUGACAUGUUUGUUCUGUAUACUAUUUAUUGUAAAUAAUUUUGUCUAUAUCGUCAUGCAUUCUUUGAUAUUGACCAUCAUAUACAUUCUUCGCUAUUCAUCAUUGUCGGCUCCUUGCAUGUUCUUCCUCGGGCUUUGAACAAAAUUUUUAAGAGUGCAUUAAUUUCAUCAGAUGUCCUACUUCUCAUGUCUGAUUUAUUCAGCUCCUAAAUUAACGUUUAAGGACCUGCACAAUAAGUACUGUAAAAUUAUGCGUUUAAAUCCUCUCUAAGAUGUAGCUUUAUAUUCUAAAAACAUAUUUUUGAAUGGGUCACUUAUGAUUUACAUUGUCACCUUAAGUUCCUGAACGGCAUUAUACUGCGAUAUUAUUUUAUUUAUGUUUACUUCCCAUAUUUCAGAUGUGUUUUGAUUUGUAAAGUUUUUAAUCGAUCGUAGUUCGUUGUUAGUAGUUUUGUCAAAAUUUAGCUGAAACUGGUAAUGUUGCUACUCCUAAAAUGUUCCAAACAUUGGCGCUGUUUCGACAUAAGUUGAAAUCUUGGAUACCUUGGACUCAUAUCAAGUACUUCAUGACCUUGAAAUGAACCCUGAUGUUUCUGAUUCCUGGAUUAUGGAAAUAAAUUGUUUAUCAUCGUAUUAGACUCCAUGACUUGCAUUGUUACACUCGGCGAGGAUGUUAGCUCCCAGCGCCAAAAGCCUGCACUGCCACUGAGUCGAAUGACAGUUGACGCUGAGAUUGCUUAUACGACUAUUCAUACAUUAAUUGACGUAAACCUGUAGGUGUUAUUGCCAUCAUUUGCGUUAUUAUUUUUUAUCAUCGUAAUUAACCUAUUGUGCGCAUUGACCUACCUAUCGUCGGAGUAUCUCAAUAGAGCGUCUCAAAAUUGCACAUUGACCGUUCUAAAUUUCAGUCCUCGUUACAUUAUCUUCAAAAGAUUUUUGAAGCUAGACAAAUGAUACAAUGCAAUUAGAAUAAUUAUGAUUCGCUCUUGAAACACAAUUUUUCAAUAUCGUAGCUGAAAUGAGAGUAAUUGUAGAUGAAUGGUGUUAACUUAACAUUUUGAUUAAUUUGGAUAUAUAACGUAACCUAAAAUUAUUCUUUGUUGUUGCAAGCUUUGUUCAAUCCAGAAACCGUGCUUCUACCUGACUUUUUUUAAUACAUCUCUUUUUCUGAUGGAUUUCCCGUCAAAUUUUCCUAUUUUAUAAGACUCCAUAUUAAAAAAAAAUAGCGACCCGGUACAUUCAUGAACUUCUCAACAGUAAAUAUGAUAAGAAGUGAAUAAAACCAUUGCUCACUUAAAUUUAUCCUCGUUAAAGAACCUAUAGGUACUAAAUGCUAGUUCUACCAUUAGUAAUUCUCUGUGUCUAUGGUUUAAUGCUAGUAGGCGGCGGACGACUUUUAUUUAAGGCAGACAUUUAUACGAUUUUUUCCAUUAGCCGCACGUGUGACCUGUUCAUUGGACAGCCAGAAAUCCUGCGAGGCUCUGCGUUGCCUGAACAGCUUACCUAUUUUUUUUUUUUUUUUUUUUUUUUGCUUAGGCAGGAUUUCCUGAACUUAUGUUCUCAGUCACUCGUGCACGCAACUGAAGACUCUUUCAAGCGUUUACCUUUAAGAUUGAUUCCGUUUAUGUUGCUGUUCUGUCGUCUGGCCUCUUUACGAGGACUCCGUUCAUGUUGCUAUUCUCUCGUAUGACUUUAAAAAGAUGGACUUCGUUUAUGUUGCUGUUCCCUCAUCUGACCUCUGUUAGAUGGACGCCGUUUAUGUUGAUGUUCUCUCAUCUUAUCUUUGUUCUUGUCUCUCCGUAACCCUUGUCGUUACAACUCUGUUGUCAGCGGCAGCACUCCUCCUCCACGAGACUUUUCGCCACUUGUUGGCAAUGUAGAAUUUGUGACUAACGUUGCGUUAUAACAUAUUCGGAAGCGCCAAUGAGCUUUGUGAAUGCUACAUAUGUUUUCAAAAUUACUGCUGUGCGUUACCAGAUAUACAGGAAUACGUGGGAAAAGGAUCUUUUUUAGAUCUACGCCCCGGGAUAAAUUUGUUUUGAAAACAUGGAAGAAAUUUUAUUGUUGA